GCUUUCGCAGCAUUGUCCUUGGUCGGCAAGCCCAUCGUCGUCUCUUCCCAGCCGGCAUCUCAAGGGUCGCAUAUGCUCGUGCCAGUCAGCCAACACCAUGGCGAUUCAAAAGAAGCACGGCAAAGGCCGUCUCGAUAAGUGGUACAAGCUCGCCAAGGAGAAGGGCUAUCGUGCCCGUGCCGCCUUCAAGUUGAUCCAGCUCAACAAGAAAUAUGGCUUCCUCGAGAAGAGCAAGGUUGUGCUCGAUCUCUGCGCGGCGCCAGGCUCGUGGUGUCAAGUAUGCGCCGAGACCAUGCCCAAGGACAGCAUCAUUAUCGGUGUCGAUCUCGCCCCGAUUAAGCCUAUUCCCAAGGUUAUCACCUUCCAGAGCGAUAUCACCACCGAAAAAUGCCGCGCAACUAUCCGAACACACUUGAAGACUUGGAAGGCCGACUGCGUGCUCCACGACGGUGCCCCGAAUGUCGGUACCGCCUGGGUCCAGGACUCCUACAACCAGGCCGAGCUAGCCCUCCAUUCGCUUAAGCUUGCGACUGAAUUUCUGGUUGAGGGAGGAACUUUCGUGACCAAGGUUUUCAGGUCCAAGGACUACAACUCCCUCCUGUGGGUUCUUAACCAGCUGUUCACAAAGGUGGACGCAACGAAGCCCCCAUCAUCCCGUAACGUCUCGGCCGAAAUCUUCGUCGUAUGCCGCGGUUUCAAGGCCCCGAAGCGCAUCGACCCACGGCUCCUCGACCCCCGAUCCGUCUUCGAAGACUUAAAAGACCCAGCGCCGAACAACGAGGCCAAGGUUUACAACCCGGAGGUGAAGAAGCGCAAGAGAGAGGGUUACGAGGAGGGAGACUACACGCAAUUCAAAGAGAUUGCCGCGAGUGAAUUUAUCCAGACGACAGACCCAAUCGCGAUCCUGGGCCAAUACAACCGGCUGACCUUCGAGCAAGCCAAGAAUGGCGAUGUGGCGCUGGCCGCCCUCGAAAAACUUCCCGAGACAACCGACGAAAUCCGCCAAUGCUGCGCCGACCUGAAGGUGCUCGGAAGAAAAGAAUUCAAGCUUUUGCUCAAAUGGCGUCUUAGGGUACGGGAAAUCUUUGGGUUUCCUACCAAAAAGACCACAAAGACGCCACUUGCGGAAGAGGUGGCCGAGGUGGAGAACAUGGACGAGGAGCUCAGGAUCCAGGAGGAGUUGCAGAGGAUAAAGGACAAGGAGUCCCACAAGAAGAAGCGGGAGCGGCGGAAAGAAAAUGAGAGGAAGCAAAAAGAGAUUGUGCGCAUGCAGAUGAAUAUGACGGCGCCAAUGGAUAUUGGUAUGGAGCAGGAGGGUCCCCGGGGCGAAGGUGCCAUGUUCCGCCUCAAGGUCAUCGACCAGACCGACGUUCUGCGCAGGAUAGCCAAGGGAAAGAUGGUCAAGGUCACCGAGGCAGAAGCCAAGAAAGACCGUGACUCAGGUAUCGGCUCCUCAGGCGAGACGGACGACGAGAGUGACGACGAAGCGGACCUCCUGGAACGGGAGCUAGAUAACAUGUACGACCAGUACAGAGAGAGGAAGGCGGCCGCUGACGCCAAGUACCGUGCCAAGAAGGCCAGGCAAGAGCACGGCGACGACGAGUGGGAGGGCGUGUCAGGAAGUGAGAAGGAGGGAAGCGACGACGACGACGACGACGUGCUCGAGGAAGACAGCAGUGAUGAUUCGGAUGCGGAGGAGCGGGGUGACACUAGCAAGCCGCUUAUCCGAGACCUCGACAGCACACCACAGGACGAGGCUGGUCUGUCAAAGCGAGCCCGGGGAUUCUUCAGCCAGGAUAUUUUCCAGAGUAUUCCCGGGUUGCUGGACGUCCCGGAAGAAAAUGAAAGCGAGAACGAGGCGAUGAAGAUCGAUGCCAAAGAAGAAUCUGAGGAUGAAAUACCGACCAUCCAGGAGCAAAAGAAGAUGCGCAAGGAGAGAUCUGCCCGCAAAGAGGAGAGUGGAGGGUUUGAAGUAGUCAAAGAGCGUGACGACGACGAUGACUGGGAAGAGAAGGAGAAGAAGUCGAAGGACGGCAGGCCCAAUAUCGACAUCAUCACGGCCGAAGCUAUGACGCUAGCCCACCAGCUGGCCCGCGGCGAGAAGACGGCCCACGACAUCGUCGACGAGGGUUACAACAAGUAUGCCUUCAAAGACCGGGAUGGGCUGCCAGACUGGUUCCUCGACGAUGAAUCCAAGCACGACAAGCCGCACAAGCCAAUCACCAAGGAGGCUGCACAAGCCAUCAAGGACAAGCUGCGGGCCUACAAUGCCAGGCCCAUCAAGAAGGUCGCCGAGGCGCGGGCCAGGAAGAAGCUCAAGCAGGCGCAGAAACUCGAGAAGCUCAAAAAGAAGGCCGAUUUGCUAGCCGGCGAUGAGGGUAUGUCUGAAAAGGAAAAGGCCACCAGCAUCGCCAAGCUCAUGUCAGCCGCGGCGCGCAAGAAGCGGAAGCAGCCUGUCAAGGUGGUUAAGGCUGCCGGCAUGAACCGCGGCAUCUCCGGCAGGCCGAAGGGCGUCAAGGGACGGUACAAGAUGGUGGAUCCACGCAUGAAGAAGGAGAUGCGGGCGCUGAAGAGGAUUGCGAAGCGGAAAUAGGAUGGUCAAAGUGAUGCAACGUGUUCAUAGUUGGUGGUCAUGCUGAGGUUAGCAUGCUGAGGCAUGGAACAUCAAAGAUACAGGGCGUCAUUCUGCCCUUUGCAGUGCUUUAC